CGUCACGGGCCAAUCUUUCUGUGCGCCAACCGAUCCGCUACCACCUCGAAAUCUACACUCCCUAAGCAGCGCUUGACAUCGUCAUGUCGCGCGCGGCUUGUCCAAUACAAUUCACCAUAUUUUGGUUCCGAGGACGAUGAGAAUGCCUUUGCCCGGUCGAUCAACACAAAUAUCUUAGAACCCCCCCUCCGAUGAGCCGCGGCGACAUGAGGUUGGCUUUCGCUCUGGGUCGGCUCUUCUCCCACCCAGAAGCACCAAUCUUCCAUGGGCCAGCCUCCAAGGUCCUGAGACACCCUCUCCGACCUGCCCGCGCAAACCUUCGCACAUUCCUGUUCCAUACCAGUCCUCGAGCUCGACCGCGAUCAUGGAGGACCCACCGCGCUGCCCCACGAACCCUAAUGGCGACCGCAGGCAGUGGGCUGGCCGCUGCUACAUUUGUCGAGCUUUCCGAGAAAGGUAGCGCCAGCCCGAACGAUACUGGCGAGAAGCGCAUGCUCGAGGUCUCCCGAGCCGAGAUUCGCAAGACGGCUGGCGAACGUGAUGGGACAUUGCGCUCGCUGCGGCGCCGACUGGUCUUGAUUGUAGACCUCUACAUAUGGGAGCCAAUCUGUACUGGCUUUCGCUUUCUGCAACUCGUCGCCAUAUUUGUACCCGUCAUACUAACGGUACCGGCGAUGUGGGCUGGGCGCCGUUUACCCGAGCGCGAUAACGAGCGGACGGGGACUCUGUGGUGGUAUAACUUUUUAGUCCAGGCCAUGGAGUGGGCAGGGCCGGCUUUUAUCAAGCUUGGGCAAUGGGCUGCCUCGAGGUCCGACAUCUUCCCCAAUGAACUGUGUGACAUCAUGUCAAAACUUCAUGCCAACGCUCCUGCCCACUCUUUGCAUGCGACCAAGCGGAUACUCCAACAUGCCUUUGGCGGGCGUGAUUUCGACGACAUUUUUGAUGAGUUCGACGAGAAGCCAAUCGGUGUUGGAGCCAUUGCUCAGGUCUACAAAGCGAAGCUCAAGCCUGACCUCGCCCUUCCUGGAGACGUCGACAUUCCCGAGCACCCCACCGAUCUCCGCCAUAACGUCCGCAAAAACGUCGACACUGUUCUCAAAAGCACUCCAAAGCGCGUCCCUUCUUCCUAUGUUGCCAUCAAGGUCCAGCACCCCCGCGUCGAGCGGACAGUGCGGCGCGACCUCCGGAUCAUGCGAUUCUUCGCCUCCGUACUCAACGUGGUGCCCACCAUGGAAUGGCUAUCUUUGCCUGACGAAGUGGACCAGUUUGGGGAAAUGAUGAAACUGCAACUGGAUUUGCGCAUUGAAGCGGCGAACCUAUCCAGGUUCCGCAAGAACUUCAAGGAAAGAACUACGGCCUGGUUCCCGUUCCCCUAUACCGAAUUUUGCACGCGGAAUGUGCUCAUCGAAGAGUUCGCGUACGGCAUACCCCUCGCCGAUUUUAUCGCAAACGGGGGAGGCAUGUUUCAGCAAGACAUCGCCUCCGAAGGUCUCGACGCGUUUCUGCGCAUGCUUCUCCUUGACAACUUUGUUCACGCCGAUCUCCACCCUGGAAAUAUCAUGGUGCGGUUUUACGAAGCUGACCGACCCAGCCUACGGCUUCGACGUGCGCCUGAGAACCCAGGUGUAGGACAGCAGGCAGACGUUACCGAGCAGGUCUUGUCACGACUGCGCCCGCAUCACCACAACAAGGAACUCUGGGACGCCGAGUUGGCCAAGAUCGAGCGCGAGGGAUUCAGGCCACAGCUGGUCUUCAUCGACACGGGCCUUGUGACGGAGCUCAAUAGCACGAAUCGGCGCAACUUCCUCGAUCUAUUCCGCGCCGUGGCCGAGUUCGACGGUUACAAGGCGGGUCACCUCAUGUGCGAGCGGUGCCGGCAACCUGAUGCGGUUCUCGAUGGCGAGGUGUUCGCCCUUAAGAUGCAGCACCUAGUGCUGGGCGUAAAGAGCCGAACACUCGCACUGGGAAACGUCAAAAUUGGGGACAUAUUGCAAGAGGUUCUGGCGAUGGUGAGGCAGCACCAUGUCCGCUUGGAAGGGGAUUUUGUCAAUGUGGUUAUCAGCAUGCUGCUGCUCGAGGGUAUUGGCCGCAGCUUAAACCCUGAUGUGGACCUCCUCAGCAGCUCGCUCCCUAUCCUGAGACAACUCGGCACCCAGGGCGGCAAGGACAUGGUCAAGGAGGGCGACUUCCAUAUGCUGAAGGUUUGGGUAGGCCUAGAGACGAGGAGGUUCAUGCAGGCCAGCGCCGAAGACGUCGAAAGAUGCGUCCGCUACGAUCUCCUCUCCCCGAAUGUCUAACUAAACUUACAGCGCCCUGCGAAGCGAGUUCAGUGAGGCUUGAUAUCAGUUCCGAGGGGCGAGGUUUAGACGAUAGCCCUUCAGCACCUCUUUUAAAUGAUGAUACCCCUCAACGGUCCUUGAUACUUGACAAUGAUGCAGUCGUAAUGCCUCGCUGCUUGGUCGACUUGGACCCAGCUUGCGAACAAUUC